UCAAAAUGGUCGCUUUGUAUGGUUUGCCAACUUGCAUGUCUGUGUUUUAGAGUCCUUUGUUUUCGUUAUUUGUUGAAUAUAGUUUAACAUUAAGGCCGAAACCUACUCUAUUCACUACUGUUUCGUGUAUGCAUGAACAUUUAUUCUAUAUUCAUAAUUUGUGGUGUAUAAGAAAGAUGUCAUCGGUAAUGUGAGAGCAUUCUACUACAUUUUUAUUUUACGGGAUUAUGACGUCUAGGAUUCACAUUUGGAUUUGCAAAGAAUAAAGAAAAUCAGUUUUCAAGUUGAUUUAAGUUCAAUAUACAAUGUUGAUAUAUGUGGAACAUUGAAACAAAAACACGUUACAAUACACAGUACAAGAAACUUAAGACUGUUGAAAUAUAAGUGCAAAUUAAGGAAUACAAAUGCGAACUGUGAGUGUUUGUGGGAGCAGGAUGCUAAUGUGAUGGGAGGGGUGGGGUGAGAGGUGAGGCGCUCGGGCGCGGGCGCCAUGAACCCGCCGGCGCCCGGCAAGACGGCCACGCGCUCAUCAGGGUACAACCAGAAAGCGCUCGCCGAAAUACGUAAUUCAUUACUCCCGUUUGCGAACAUCGGGAGCUCUGAGCCUCCUGGCUCUUCAGCGGCCAGUACAGUCAGUUCUGGAGUCAGCUCUGGCUUCAGCUCAUCAUCUGGAAAUGGACUUGAUAAAGACUUGAGUGUAUUACCUCAGUCACUUAACCAGCCAAUAACACUAAACUAUGAUGACGAUCCAGCAGUUAAUGCUCUUAAAUAUGCAGGUGGCCGUUUUGAUACGGCCCUUGAAUAUCUCUCAAAGAAGCAAGAACCACUCAAUGGUGUGCUUAAAUCGAACAAUUUAAGUGCUCUUAGUACAAAGCUUAUAAGAAAACCUAGCUUAGAGCGAGAAAUUAACCUUCACCGAGGAAGCCCAGCUCUAGAUUCAGGAGCGGGAAGUUCGAGGUCGGAUAGUCCUCGACAAUCUGACGCCCCUCCUUUGCCUCACGAAAAGUUGAGUCGGCAGUAUUCACCGUCAGGUUUUUCUGAACCACCCCCACCGCCGCCGCCGAGAUGUCCUUCCACGCCUCCUGUUCCGCCUUCGGUGCAACAGUUCAUGAAGCGCAUAUCUCCAGCGCCCCCCUUGCCGCCAGCCCGAGGGACCAGUCCUGUAGCGGCGGGAGCGCCGGCGCCACCGGCGCGACAGCCGAUGAUAGUUCAAAAUGGGCCCCAAGUCCAACAACAACUGACGCAACAGAUUCAAGCAUUGAGUAUAUACCAAACGGGCUCUGCGGGUGCGGAGCUCCCGCCGCCCUACCCUGUGUCCGGCGUUCCGCCGCCGCCUCCGUAUUCUAUGUCCAUGCAGAAUCGACAGAGCCCGACUCAAUCUCAGGACUACAGGAAGAGUCCCUCGUCAGGUAUUUAUUCAGGAGGAACCUCGGCCGGUUCACCGAGCCCGAUUACAGUGACGCAAUCGACAGGCUCGGCGUCCGGAAUGACUCGCCCUACGCCUAUGCAGGCGUGGACAGCGAGGCAAGCCGUUCAACCUCCUAUAAUCAUGCAAUCGGUCAAGAGUACGCAAGUGCAGAAGCCUGUUUUGCAAACUGCCAUCGCGCCUGUCGCCCCACCGCCCGUAGCGAGCUCCAUAGUCCAACCGCCUCCGCCUUCAUAUGCUAGUUCGAUACAACAGAAGCAGGCGCAGACGCCACCGAGUUAUCCCUUGGCGCCCAAGCCUUCUUCCCCCGGCUCUACGCCGCCUGUCAUACCAACUGCGACCACUCCCACCGUACCUACUACUGAACCCCCAAGUUACGCGAGUACGAUGCAAGCUUUAGCGGUACAGAGAGGAAUGCACCCGAUCCCUCCGCCACCAUAUGGAAACCCGAACGAUAAUACGACGACGGUAAACUCGCAUCAUUCACCAUUACAUAAAAAGUUUUCCAAUAAUUGUGAUAUCAAAGGUGAAACGUCACAGAUGGAAAUAAAAUGUCAGAAUCAGAAUUGCAAUCUUCUAAAAGAUAAUGCACCGUCUGGUUCCGAUAAAAGUUCAAACGGUUCGUCGGAAAGGCGACCGAAGGACGGAUCUGAAAAGUUUAAACAUCAAUCACCAAUACCCGAAAGAAAGAAUAUUAGUAAAGAAAAGGAGGAUGAAAGGAGAGAUUGUAAAGUUAGAAAUUAUUCCCCCCAAGCAUUUAAAUUUUUCAUGGAACAACACGUCGAAAAUAUUCUUAAGUCUUACAAACAACGUACGUAUCGUCGUAUGCAACUAGAAAAAGAAAUGACAAAAAUUGGUUUAAGUUCGGAAGCCCAAGAUCAGAUGAGAAAAAUGUUAUCACAGAAGGAAUCCAAUUACAUAAGAUUAAAAAGGGCGAAGAUGGACAAGUCCAUGUUCACGAAAAUUAAACCGAUAGGGGUAGGUGCGUUCGGUGAAGUUACACUGGUGAGAAAGAUCGAUACUAGUCAUCUAUAUGCCAUGAAAACGCUUCGAAAAGCUGAUGUUUUAAAGCGUAAUCAAGUAGCGCACGUCAAAGCCGAGAGAGAUAUCUUAGCGGAGGCUGACAACGAAUGGGUGGUGAAACUGUAUUAUAGUUUUCAGGAUAAAGAUAACCUGUAUUUCGUGAUGGAUUACAUACCGGGUGGUGAUUUGAUGUCACUCUUAAUAAAAUUGGGUAUAUUCGAGGAAAAUUUAGCAAGAUUUUAUAUAGCGGAACUAACGUGCGCGGUGGAGAGUGUACAUAAAAUGGGAUUUAUCCAUAGGGAUAUUAAACCAGAUAAUAUUCUUAUUGAUCGUGAUGGACACAUUAAAUUAACCGACUUCGGUUUGUGCACAGGCUUUAGGUGGACGCAUAACUCCAAAUAUUAUCAGAGAAAUGACCACGGACGGCAAGACUCCAUGGACCCGGUGGACGGCGAGUGGGGCGCCAUGGGCGAGUGCCGCUGCCACCAGCUGAAGCCGCUGGAGAGGCGGCGCAAGCGGGAGCACCAGCGCUGCCUCGCGCACUCGCUGGUGGGCACGCCCAACUACAUCGCGCCCGAGGUGCUGCAGCGCACCGGCUACACGCAGCUGUGCGACUGGUGGUCGGUGGGCGUCAUCCUGUACGAGAUGCUGGUCGGGUCGCCGCCCUUUCUGGCCGCCACGCCGGCUGAGACUCAGCUUAAGGUGAUAAACUGGGAAAGCACACUUCAUAUCCCAGAUGCGGCGAAUUUGUCCCGAGAGAGCAAGGAUCUGAUCCUUCAACUGUGCUCGGGACAAGAGAUGAGACUCGGGAAGGACGCGAACGAGGUCAAGAACCACCCUUUUCUCAUGAGCAUCGACUUCGAGAAGGGUCUUCGGAGACAAGUAGCGCCCUACAUACCCAGGAUAGACUACCCGACCGACACGUCCAACUUCGAUCCGAUCGACCCGGACAAGUUGCGCAACUCUGGUAGCUCGGACUCCAACAAAUCGGACAGCGAGCUGCUCGACAGUGGGAAGACGUUCCACGGUUUCUUCGAAUUCACUUUCCGAAGAUUCUUCGACGACGGCUACACGAACAAAAUCAACCUCGACGACAACGACAACCAGGGCCCCGUGUACGUGUAGCGGCACAGUGACACAGACACAGACACAGGUGCAGUGCGUGCCUUGACUCUCUAUUAUAACGAUAGAUUCCCUGUAAACAUAACGAAUGUAACGUAUUUAAAAUUACUUUUAGAGCCGUAUUGUUAAUAAUCCCGGUGAUAAUGUUGUAAUAUUGUAUCGUUAUGUAUUUGUAAGAUUAAACUUAUUGUAAUAUAUGUAACGAAUGGAUCACAGUAGUACGUAGCCGCUGUAACCAUUGGUGCUGUCAGCCCGCGUGUCGGGCAUCUAGCGUCGUUCCAUUCACUGUAUACUAUUUUUGUAACUAGAGAAAUUAUUUAUGAGAUAAGAACAAGCUUACGUGAAUUAGUGAAUGAUAUGUCACUAUAUUUUCUUAUGUAUUUAUCGAGGUAGGUCGCUUAUAAAUGUGUGUUUGUUUAUAUAAAUUUAAACCGUAACAUAUGAGAGUCAUUAACGUAACGGAACGGUUCGACAGAUUGGCAUAAUUGCGGUUGUGUGGAAGUGCUUCCAGUCCGUUGGACUAGGUCUCGUAACGUGUGCCUUAUUCACUGUAAAUCUGUUUACACUGAUAUUUAAGGAGAAAGAAUUUCAGAAAUAUUUUUACUAAAACGUAGGUCCGAAUUUUAUAACUCGAUAUAAUGUAGAGUGCAAUAAAUAUUUAUUAACAAAAAAAAAAAAGAAAAACGAAAUCGCAUGUCUUUAUGACACGUUUAAUUUAUGUCGAAGGAGGUUUUAGUUACGUUCCGAAAUACGUAAACUUUGUUACGUCAUUCGAGUACACAUUCAGGUUUAGUUUUUUUUUUUGAAAUUGUGCAAAAUGUAUUUUUGUUUUCACUAACAACAUCCAAUGUUAAUAUUAAGUCGCGAAUAACGUUAAAUUAUAUAAAUCCGAGAACAAAUAUCGUGUGACUAGCAGCUAUAAUGAGUUAGCUUGUUUGUGGUCUUAAGGACAACUUUUUUGUACAGUAUGUUAUAAACGAGUCACUUCACCUUAAAUUAUGUGUUAUUGAAUGUAAAUUGUUUUAUUCUAAAAUGAAACAUGCUUUUAAGUAAAUGAAAAUAAAAUAUGGGAAUUC